GAGGUCAUGAGGAGGACUGCUCAUCAAUCACUGCCACUUCCUCCUGCUUUGCUGCAACAAUGCUAAAAUUGAAAGAAAAACCCAUGGCUUGCCUUUUGAUGGUCGAUGAUGAAUGAUGGCGCAGUAGCAGAUUGAAGUUUUCCUCUCUCUCUCUCUCUGCCCUCCUGAUCCACUGGAAAAACGAAAAACAUUUCACGACCCAUGUAAGAAAGAAGGAAAAACGCAACAGCCCAUGAGACGGCAGAUCUACUCUUCUUCCUUAACAAUCCUUACCACCCAUUCGCCAUUGAUGUCCAUGUCCUCAGAUCUUCCCUUCCGUUUUUAACCUCUCUUGCCCUUCUAAGAGCACCCAACAAUCACUGUCCUCUGUCAAAUUCUUCAGCUCGUUCUUCUCGCAUCUGCCCAAGAGGCAAGAAUCCCUCCCAUUUCUGUCUAGAUUCACUCCUCAGUGACCCCCUGUCCAGGAAAGUUCGGAACUUGAACCAGAUUUCCGGUGGGAUCUCCGGAUCGGUGCUCGACCCAGUAGCAGAUGGGGUCCUCCCAUUCCGUUCACGAAGUCGUCGAGGAGGAAGAAAGCGAAUCUGAGGAGGAGGAGGAGGAGGAAGACGAGGAAGAAGAAGAUGGCCGCGGCGACGGGCCCAACGGGAGGAGGGCUCAGAUGGAGAGCACCCACCUCGUGAAGAAGGUCCUGGAGCAAGAGCCCGAGAUGCUGCCGUGCCACGCCUCGGCGUCCCCGCUCUCCCCGCAGCUCUCGUCCCUCGGGACCCCGCGGCUCGGGCCAUCCAUCAAGGUGUGGGACCCUUACAACGUCCUCGCCCCGCCGCCCCCCCUGCCCCCUCCCCCGCCCGUCUUCUCGCGGAGCUUCUCGAUCGAGGCUGAUGAUCGGCAGCUGGGGAUAUCAGAGGUGUUCUUGAUAAGCCAUGGGGAGUGUGAGCUGAGCAUGAGGCCUGAUUUGAUUGGAGGGCGUUGCCCUGAUGCAGGUCUGACACCGAAUGGGAAGCGGCAGGCGAGGGCUCUUGCCGUGUUCUUGAACUCCCAUGGGGUACGGUUCGGUUCGGUUUUCUCGUCCCCGCUGGAUCGGGCUCGUUCUAUGGCGGCCCUUGUCUGUCAGGAAAUGAAUUUUGCAGAGGAACAGAUGCAAUCCUCUGAUGCUCUUACAGACAUGAGCCACGGUCACUGGGAAGGAUGCCCCUUGUCAGAAAUUUACACUUCCGAAAUCUCAAGCCUAAUGGACCGGUUAGAGCCUGAUUUCUGUGCACCGGGUGGAGAAUCCCUCAGGCAGGUGGAAUUCCGAAUGGUCCAGUUUAUAAACAACACCGUGCUGGGCCUGCCCGACAAAUUGAGGUCUGACCUCUCCUCUCUUCAUAGCCCAAGCGAGACAGGUCUAGUGAAUCACAUCAGUGAACGGGACAGCACCGCACCCUCAUCUUCUCUCCCGUCGCCACGAUGGGAUCUGCUGCAGAGGCACCGGCAAGGUAUUUUGAGGAAGAAAUCAGGCAAGAGUCGGCUCCAAUUUGUGACUACAGAGGAAGAGAAUCUCAGAGGCUCAUCAUCGGGAAUCAUAUCCUGUGUGGGUAUUUUCACGCAUUCUAUCCCAAUAAAGUGCCUCAUAACGGGUCUCUUAGGUUGUAGUCCUGUGAUGUCUCACAAGAUAUGUGUAGAGGAGUCGUCAGUCACCGUUCUUUCACAUUCAUGGAAGGCAGGUUGGCAGAUUAAACGGGUAAACGAUACCGCACACCUUAGGCUUCUUUAGCAGCAGGAGACUGCCAGCUUUUUCUCCAACGAGAAACGUGAAUUCUCUUUUCCUCUCCUUUUGAUUUUUUGUUGUAAGCUUUCCGUAUACUGAUUGAUUUUCUGUGUUCAUCGGCUCCAAAGAGGGAAAAAGGGAUUCGGACGGGGAGUUGGAUAAUAUCCUUGGAUGAUUGAUUCUUUAUUUGUAGCAUUUUGCAGAAGUUCCUUCUAAAGAAUGAAAAAGGAUAUCGGGAUGUUCCCGAAACUGAAGGAAGAUUAUUUCUUGAAAUUAAGAAAAUCUGAAGAGUUUUACA